AUGGCCCCUGCGAAACCGUCAGCCGACGAGGGCAGCAAAGACAAGGACAAACAGCCCUUCACUCCGCGCCGCGCCUCAGCUGCCAGGAAUCCGUCCCCAGGCAACAAACGAUCCGGAAACAAUGGCGUCGCCACUCCCCCAAACCGCAGAAACUCCGCCCAGACCCCGAAGAGUGCUCCUGCUGCGACUGGCGCCGCAGGUGGUACUGGGGGAGUCCGUAAGCCCUCUGUCAAGAAACCUGUCGAGCCCACUCUGCUGGGUGACUUCCUCCUCGGACGACCCUCGGCCGCCCGUGUCGCUGCUUCGAAGCGGAAGAGUCUCGACGCCGCUGCGGUGAGGGCCGAGUUGCACCAGCAGAUGCGCCAAGAUGCCGUUCGCCGCGUCCAACAGCCUGGUAAGGUUCAGGCUCGGGUCAAGGCAUGGCAGAAGGCCAAUGCUACCGCCAUGGUGCAAGGAAACCCCGACGAGGCUGCCAGCGAGCCGACCGAGGUUGCUGUACAUGUGGACGCCGACAGCGUGACCGAGGAAGAUCGUGUGCGCAUCAAAUCCCGGCAAAAGCCCCGGCGGAAAUCUGCAACCUCGCCCAAGGCGUCUCCUCUUGGGAAGGUUGAGAAUAGGAAGGAGACAGCCGCAGAGCCGAAGGAAAAGGCGAUACCCAAGGUGGCGAUACCGGACGAUCCUCGCAUCAAAGGCCCUCCGAAGAAGAGAAUAGUUAGCGAUGAGCACUGGAUGAAAAGAAAUAGCGGUAACAACAAUUCCAAGGCCACUGCAGCUGGCAACAAAGCGGGAGCAGCGGUGGGCCUGGGCCCGAGCCCGAUCCCUAAGGACUUCCUGCAGAGGACGGCCGUACCGCCAAAAAAGCAGAACAAAAUCAAGGAUUGGGCAAGCAAAGUUGAGCUACCGGCUUCCCCGGAGCCUCCCGAGAUUCCCAAGGUCGAGAUUCCAAAAGCCUCCAGGCCGACGCAAAAGUACAACACCAGGUGUGGAGAGACAAUCACAGUCGAGGAAGCUGCCAGCGGGCUAUCAGGCACCACGAAGACCCAGAGCAGUAGGACAGAAGACGAUGGAAUCAGAAUCAAGCCAAUGCGUACGGCCAGUCCCCGAGCUGGCGGCGACGAUGGAAUCCGAGUCAGGCCCGUCAAGACGGCGGCGCAAUUACCGGAUGACGGGAUCAGAGUGCGCCCCGUUGAAUCAGAUGGUGCGCCUGCUCAGUCAGCUUCUUCAAGGACAGCAUCAAGAGAGAAGAGGGCUAGGGUUCCUAGCACAAGACGGGACCGAACGCCGUCAGCCAGGAUCGAAGUUAUCGAAGAGCCGGAAACAGAUAUUGAGACUACUCCUACGAGGAAGUCAAAGUCUCGAGUACCACCCAGAAGGAUGCGUAGCGCUUCGGGCCCAGCUCUGACUGUGAACGAAACAGCCACCACACAGACUGGGAGCUUGUCCGAGGAUGAUCAGUCUUGGACAAGUGAGGAUUCAGCGUCGCAGGAUGACUCCGAUCGGCCAUCCAGUGCUCCCGCAAAAUCUCUCGCAGAAGUGCCAUUCGGCUACUCAGCCUUUAGCGAGCUUGACUUGCCGGUAGGGGCAGAUCACCACCACAUCAGGCGGCCAAAGGCGCAAAGGACCUCAAGCUUCAAGGCUGUGCCCAAGGCGUUCAAAAAGAUUGUGACAGGGGCCAAGGAGAUCGUACAUGAGAGGGUCGACCCGCCUAAGCCGGUCACAAACCAGCCACCGAGCAUCGAAAGCUGGCUCAAUGGGACGGUUGACCCGUUCGUGGACAAAUCUGCUCAGCCAGCGUCGGUCGAAAAGCCCGUCGAGAAGCCGGCACGGAGACAAGCAUCUGCGGAGUUGCAGCCUAAGAAAGAAGCCGGCACGCCUCCGUCACAACAGACAAUUCCCGAGGAUCCGAGCAGGGACGACGACGACAGCCAAACUGAGGUGCCAGAGAAGCCCGCAGAGUCACGUUUUAGUCCCUCGGCAGGCCUGAAGAGGAGCAAGGCUACUAGGGGUGGUUCUUCUCCUUUGAAGCAAAGCCCUGUCAAGAGGCCUUUGCGCGAGACCCUGAACAACCUUUUCAGAGGAGAGUCCAGCGGACAUAAACUCCCCACGAAGGCUUAUUCCAGCUAUCAGGACAUGGGAACUGAAUCGGACGUCAGCUAUAUGGAUGAGGUUGACGAAAAUGACGAGCACACAGGACAUGAUAGCCGCCAUUAUCCUGAGGAAAGCCGGAGGCGUUCCUUGUCGCCGGAAUCAUCGUACGUUUCCACAGAUGUCAGCAGCAACACCGAGGGCCCAUACAUGACACCAGCUGUUCCCCGACGAAAACCACCACCGACAAGUGGGUUGCAUGAGCUGUCAACUAUCGCCUCAGAGGCGUCAGCGAGCACAGUCGGGUCCGAGACCAUGUCGAUGCUGUCAGAAACCACCGUAACGCAGACGACAGGACUUACUAGGUCCACUGCGGCCUCACGAAGAAGCAAAGGCUCGGGGUUGAAACGCCGUCUCACGAAGCACUCUGAUCUCGUCUCGGUCCUAUCUCUACCGGAGGAAGAAGAUGUUCCGAUACGGGCCAGAAGUAUCAGAUCUACGAGCAGCCUGCGGAGGCGGACAAGCAGGCUGGGAAAGGGUACCGUGGACGACCUCUUGAGAGAGUUUGCCGUCGACGAAGACUUCUAUCAGCGGGAGUUAAAAACCCUGGUGGAUGGAGCUAUCCCAGUCCUCUUGAAUCAAGUAGUCCAUGGAAAGCAAGACUACGCCACCGAUCUGUUCGGACCUUCAACAGAUGGACAGGUGGACUCUGUGGGGAAGACAGUGGUCAACAUGGGUAUUGCCCUGGAGAAGCUCAGGAACCUGCACAAGUGGGCACCUCAGCACGAUGUCAACAAAAUCCUCAGCUGGCUCCUGACCGCUUACCCUGUAUACGAUAAAUACCUGGAUGUCUGGCGUCUUGGCUUUGAGGGGAUUGUUGUGAAUCUUGCCCUAGCCCCAGGGAGAGCUGACGACGAGGACUCCCUGGUCAAUGCUAUGCCUCGCAACGAGGAUGGAGACGUCGUGGACACCAAGGGACAGCCUGUCGAUCUUCAACAUCUCCUGACCAGACCGGUGACACGGAUCAGGGGCCUCUUGAAGCUCCUCAAGAGCGCGGAAGCUUUCGGGAAUCAACAUCCAGAUCUACCAGCGGUGAUCGAUGACUUCUCAGCCCUCCAGGAAAAGGCACGCAGACGCCAUCGUGAGGAGGUUGCUCGCAAGACGGACGAGGAUGCAAACAAUACUGACACAAGCCGAUGCUGCGACCUGCGAACAUUGAACGUCAUGGACCGCAUUCUCAUUGAUCCAAGCAGGCAAGUCAACGCCAAGGACUACUUCUCGUUGGAUCUCACCCAUUCUCAUGGACAGAGACUUGAAUGUCGGGUUGAGGUGAUAUACCGAGACAAGCCAAAAGACCCGCUCGACCGGGGCGACAUCCUUAUACGGGAUCUUGGCCACGCACGAUGCUGCCUCAUGUUCCCUCCCAUCCCAAAGACCGCGAUCUCAGCUCGUCGGGGCGGGGAGCCUGGCGCUCUAGUUGUUAUGGUCCGUGGCAGACACAAUGGAAAAGAGUGGUAUGAAGUGUUCACGCUAUCCACCGAUCUCGAAGACCAGGUCUUGGACUGGCUCGAUAUACUAGGCACAAACCCCUUGCCACCGGCCACAAACCGCACUCUGAUCGAAGACGUCACCCCUGUCCCGUCGCCCAAAUCAAAUGUCUCUGUUCCAUGGGGAGAGCGAACAGGCACGGGGCAGGCCGGACGGCGCAAGUCUCAUGAGCCUCGCUUGACCUCAUCGCAGGCAUCUAAUGAGACUGGGGAUCGGCCAAAGGCCAAAACACCGAGCCGCUAUCACUCACGCCACGCAAGCUCGCCUACUACUCCGACUACUCCGACAUCAGUGGCAUCGAACCCUCUGGGCAGCGAGUCCCCAGAGAGGACCCCGACUCGGAAUUCUCUUCCUGCGAACACUCGGCCCCAUUCUCUUCCAACGACACCGCUGCGGGAGGACAUGCGACCUGAGCCCAGGAAACUUACCAAGUCGCCCCCGAAUAACAAGCCGUUCCGUGAAGACGGGGCCCCUCCACCUCCGGUUCACCGCACUUUCUCUUCCGAGAAGUCUCCAACCCUGAGUCCGCCAGUGGACCUCAACCCCCCUGCGUCGAAGAUCAGGCGCCGUGGCUCGUCGCCUCUUAAACACGAGUACCGCCCAUCCGACGUCUCUUCUGACUCGUCGGAGACUGAGAGCGACUCGGCUUCGGAAGUCGAAUCCUCCGGCGACGAACUUGAUGAGGCCGACGUGCCAGACACUCAGCCGGCUAUCAGUAUCAAGCAAGAAUCGGAUAUAACAGGCGCUGAAACCGUCGUCUCUGACAAUAGCAUCGCCCCUUCCCAAUCGGCCUCUCAAGUUGGUCUGUAUGGGCGACUUGGCCCAGGAGGUGCCAAGGAUCCCGAGUACAUUAUCAAGACUAUUGCGACCAUCUCGUACUGGUCCAACAAGAAGGGCCAGUGGACAGAGGCACUGGAUGAGCCGUGCUCCAUCAACAUCACCCCGGGCUUGAUUGAGGCCUACCCGCUCGCUGUGCACUCAAUCUCUGGCCCAGGAGCUCUCAAUUCGUCCGGCUCAUCUGAGCUAAAUGAUUCCGAUCCUGCUCGCACGCAGCCUUUGAUCGCCCUUGAGUUGACACCCAUUGUGAUGAUACGCCAGAGUACGAUUCUUGACCUCGAGAUUCGCUCACCGGUUAGGCCAUACUGCAAGCUCUCCAAGAUCGACGGCAAGAUCUUCCGCUUCCGUGCACCCUCUGCCAACGAGGGCACGGAACUUUACAUGGCUGUACACAAAGCCCGCCUCAACAACGCGAAAUACAGAGCUUUGGAAGAAGAAUCCCGGUUCCGUGCCUUUGGACAACCCCAGGCAGUCCAGCAAGGUCCGGAGUCGCAGUCAAGCAGCAGUAACCGCCGUGGCUUGUUUGGUAGGAAGAACAGCUACCGUGCUUCGACUCGCGCUCCGUCUCAGUCCUUGUCUCAAUCUCAGGGUACAUCAUCCAGUAUCUCGGCGCCGUCCCUGCUCAAGCGCCUGACCGGCACCGGCAAUCUUUCUUUCAACAUCAACAAGUCAUAUGUCGACCGUUACAGCCGCCCCAACUCAGCGAUGGGUGGGGCAGGAGGUUCCCUGUACACCAGCAGCUCCUCUUCAGCUGACGGUAUCACGACCCCGCGAUCCCCAUCAGUGUCUCUGGCAGAGGCAAGCGGCCGCACCCAAGUCCUGGGCAGUGACAAUCUACGAAUCCGUUGCCAUCUGCUCGUCACGUCCUCGAAAUGGGAGGAUCACGGCAACUGCAACCUACAAAUCACACGGCCACCUCCUGGGAUGAGGCAGGAACUGAGAAUCAGGCACGGCAUGGAGAAGCGCGUGAUCGUAACCAAAAUCCCUAAGAAGUCGUUUGGUUUCGGAUCAUCCAACCCGGAGAAAGACAAGCCCUUGAUCGUGCUGGACGUCGUGCUGGGGUCCAAGUGCUUCAGCCGACUAGGAAGCCGGGGUAUCAUCCUCAACGUGUGGGAGGAGGUGCGCGACGAGGAAAACAACGUCGGCCUCGCGCCGAAGACGGGUGGCCUGUCCGGAAAGGUCACCAAGUGGUGCUUCCAGUGCAGCAGCGCGAUGGAGGCGAACUGGAUAUUUGGGCUGGUGGCUCAGGAGGUAAACAUCGGCCUCGGCGAACCUCUGCUCCCGGAAGGCCCGAUGUGGUAA